CUUCAGUCGUUCAGGCUUCACCCACACAGCGUCAGUUAUUAGUGUACAAGUGACGAAACAUAGUGUUGUGCUUUAUAUGAACUGCGGAUUUGAUUUUAGCAAAAAUGAAGAUUUUAAUGCGAGCCGAUACUCAUUAUAGUAUCACAGUGAAUGGAAAUGAUUAUGAAAAGGCCAAAUAUACGUUCUCUCAGGUUUUAGCCGCUGUGGCUGUAUCAUUGGGUUCAAUGAUAGUCGGGUUUUCGUCAGCUUAUACUUCUACAGCGUUAGUUUCAAUGCAAAAUGAUACAAGCAUAACAGUCUCAGAAGCUCAGUCUAGUUGGAUUGGAGGACUUAUGCCUUUAGCUGCUUUAGCUGGAGGUGUUAUCGGAGGACCUCUCGUGGACCUUAUAGGACGUCGAAAGACACUUUUGUUCACCGCAUUCCCUUUUUUUAUUGGAUGGAUCCUAAUCGCCGCUGCAAACGUCGUCCACUUAAUAUUAGCCGGCCGAGCUAUUUGCGGUUUAUGUGUUGGCGUCGGAUCAUUAGCUUUUCCUGUUUAUCUAGGAGAAACUAUACAACCUGAAGUCAGAGGUACUUUAGGGCUAUUCCCUACGGCCAUAGGAAACAUUGGAAUUCUGAUUUCUUAUAUAGCCGGUAGAUAUUUAGAUUGGUCCCAACUGGCUUACUUGGGAGCGUCGCUGGCAAUUCCGUUCCUAGCAUUGAUGUUACUCAUCCCUGAAACACCCCGUUGGUACAUUUCACGUGGACGGACUGAGGAAGCUAGAAAGGCGUUACAAUGGCUGCGAGGAAAGAAUGCCAAAAUCGAUAACGAAAUGCGUGAUAUAGCUCUAUCCGAUGCCGAAAUUGAAAAUGCUUCUUCGGUUAAGGAACUUUUCAAUAAAAAAUAUCUCAAAUCAAUUUCGAUUUCACUUGGCCUUAUGGCGUUCCAACAGCUAUCUGGGAUCAAUGCAAUUAUUUUUUACACUGUUGAAAUAUUUAAAAUGUCUGGCAGUUCAGUGGAUCCAUAUCUAUCAACAAUUAUUGUUGGUGUAGUCAAUUUCAUAUCGACGUUUAUAUCUACAGCUUUAAUCGAUAGAGCAGGUCGUAAAAUGCUCCUAUACAUUUCAUCUGUAUCUAUGACGAUCACAUUGAUAUUAUUAGGUACAUUUUUCUAUGUGCGUGACGUGCUCAAUUUAGAUGUGACAGUAGUACUCUGGAUACCACUAACAUGUUUAAUGUUAUACUUGCUUGCGUUUUCAUUAGCUUUUGGGCCGAUACCUUGGUUGAUGAUGGGUGAGAUAUUACCCGCAAAAAUAAGAGGAGCUGCUGCAUCGAUUUGCACGGCCUUUAAUUGGCUAUGUAGUUUCAUAGUAACAACUACAUUCCACGACAUAAAAUCUGCCUUAGGACCGUGGGGUACAUUUUGGCUCUUUGGUUGUAUUUGUUUUGUGAGUUUAUUCUUUGUUGUAUUUUUCGUACCAGAAACCCGGGGUAAAAGUCUUGAACAAAUUGAGAAUAAGUUGACUGGUCGCAAUACUAGGUCGCGCCGAUUGAGUUCGAUUGUAAAUAUUAAACCAUUGCCGAGUGGGUGUUGAUAUGAUUUUAGUUGUGUUUUGUAGUGUGAUAAUAAAGGGUCCAAAAAGAAUCUGUACCAUAAAUUAAUUAUUCUAUGCUAUUAGAAAAAAAAAAAACAUUUGCAAUUGUUAAGUUGUAUUGCAAUGUAAUAUUAAUGUUAUGUCUAAGAGAUAUUAGUUCAUGUUAAUUGUUUAAAUGUGUGGCAAGUUAAGAUAUUAAGGUUUAUAAUAGUUUAAAAAUAAGGAUAAGAAUAAUUUAUUGUUUAAGAGACAUUAUUGUACUUAUUUAUUGUUAUUUAUUAUAAAAAUCUGAUU